AUGAACAACGAGAAGGUAUCGAUAGAGAUGACACGUCAUCAACGGAGGAGUUCAAAGGAACGGCAGAAGCGAUAUCACGAAUCAACAACAAAGAGUAUCAGAGGACAAGGGAGACAACGAUCAAAGAGUGAAGGUGAUACGGAGCUGAGAUCAUCGGAACUCACUAAGCUUCCUUCUAUCAAACAAAAAAGUUUUACAUCACCCAAGACGUACUACGAGAUAACUAAAGAGGAGCAAAAGGUCAGAGAAACAGCGCCCUCUGCGUUAGAUCUUAUAUAUCGUCAGUUUGGUGCAGUCAAAAAGAUGAAGGCCGGACGUCAAUAUAGUGAAGACGAUUAUAAGAAACUCAAAGACAUGCUUAGAGCUCAACAAAAGCGAUACAUCAGAUAUCAGAUAAACCUUUAAAUAGAGUUUUAUAAACCAUGGCCCUGGGAAGCAAACUGAAAAAGCAAAUAAUUGGUUAGUCAUACAUAUACAUUCUGAAUCUACAUGACAAUGGCCCUUUGAAUGUCGUUUUAAAGGGAUGCUCCGGGCCGAAAGUAUUUAUAUCUAAAUAAAUGGAA